AUGGAUGAUGAUUACACCUCAGUUGAAGAUUAUCUCAGCAGUGAAGUGUUCUCUACGCGUACGAGUGACUACGUAGACCGCCUGAACAACAAAUCUACAUCGGAAGUAGCCAUCGAUGAUCCUGUCGAGCUGGCAUUGCUGUACGUUUUCAAUGCUGUUAUCGUGGUGACGGGAAUCGUUCUUAAUCUCGUGCUCAUAAAAGGAAUCAUCGGCGCCAAACCUAGCGGGUCGCUCUUGUUUAUGCUGCAGAUAGCAUUUGUCGAUGUCCUCACUCUACUGGCAAGCAACUGGGAAAUGUUUUACAUCCUUCGACAGACUUGGAUUUUUCCCAGCACACAUUGCACACUGUACAGUGGACUGGAGACGUUUACUAGUGUUGCGAUCGUUUACUUCAUUGUUGGGCUUAACUUCCAUUCCAUCUCCUCGUACAAUCUGGCAGUGGACCUGGCUAAGAAUGCAAUCAUCACACCAGACGCCGAGAGUGGAACAGAAUCUCUGACGGAGGAAAACAGCUACGAGGUAGCAACGGACACGAUAUCCCAGAAAAGAUCCCUAACGAUCGACUAUCGAUAUAACAAACGUCGCAUUAGUGUACGGCUUCCAAUUCUGCUCGUGUGGUUCACAGCGGCUUCUGAAUCGUUGCCACUGUUCCUGUUUGCUGAUGUUACUACAAUUGCACCGAUGACUAGCGCGGAACACCAGCCCAAACAGUACUGCACGGAACUGACACACAGCAUGGUUAAUCACAACAUCGUCCGCUUCAUGGUCAUUGUCAUUCGCAUCAUCCUACCGACUGUCGCAUUAGUGAUAACGCUCACACAAGCGGUGGUAAAGUUUUACCGGGGAAAACAUUUCACGCAACCAGACGAGAUAGAGGAAAAUGUGGCAUUUUCGUUAAAAGUAUCCAUGUUCCUUUCACUCUCCUACACCAUAUUUUCCCUACAACGAUUGUACGGAUCUCUACUGCAAGAAAUGAUGCUGCAGCCACAUGUUGUUCCAAAGUAUCCCGUUUUCAGUCCAUUUCUCAGACUAUCGCUGACUGUGCUUCACUAUUCAGCCUCUUUUAUUCGACCGUUAGUAUUACUAGUAAUGUGCAAGCAAAAAAAUAAUAAUGUCGGUAUCGUUUUCAUAUGCCAAAAAAGUUCAGCCAAUAAUGGAAUAUCGUUGCAGUAA